CUGGACAUGGCGGGGAAGGAAGAGUGGCAGAGAUUAGCUGACAUCAUCCAACAUUGGAACAACACCCGACUGGACCUGUUUGAGAUCAGUCUGCCAUGCAAGAACUUAGAGUUCCAUGGAGUGAUGCGGUUCUACUUUGAGGACCAUGUUGCAGGGAACGUUGCCACCAAGUGCCUGCGUGUCAGCAGCACCACCACCACUGGAGAGGUUAUUGAAACACUGUCAGAGAAGUUCAGACCGGACAUGAAGAUGUUGAAUACUCCCUAUUUCCUGUUUGAGGUCCAUGCUAACAAGGAACGGCAGCUGGACCUGAGUGAAAAGCCUCUGGAUGUGCAGCUGAACUGGAACACAGACAACAGGGAGGGCCGCUUCGUACUCAAGAAGGAUAAGGACAUUAUUGGGCCUUUAUCCAUACAGGACAACAGCCCAGAGAAAAAGAAGGGAGGCAUGAUCCAGAACUUCAAGAGGACACUGUCGAGGAAAGAGAAGAAGAAGGAGAAGAAGAAGACGGGAGAUGAUGCUGUUAACCACUCGGCAAAGCCCAAUGGGUCGACUAUGAGGAAAGAGAAUGGAGAUCAGGACAACAUGGACCAACUUGCACUUCCAGUUGGUAUUAAAUUCAGGGAAAAUUCUGAGGACCCCUUCCUCUCUGCAGUCAUCAACUACACCAACAGUUCCACUGUCCACUUCAAGCUCUCCCCUGCCUACGUCCUGUACAUGACCGGACGCUUCGUCCUCCACCGCCAUUACAGCCACAGUCAGGAGACAUCACAGAGUCAUCGCCCCUCAGAGCACGCACACAGAGUCACCGCUACUGUCAGCAAGAUGGUAGCCAUGACUGAGGUGGUCUUCCAGAAGCAGAAGUCCAUAGCUGGUGCUGUAGCCUUCUGGAUGGCCAAUGCCUCAGAGCUCCUGAACUUCCUGAAGCAGGACAGAGAUCUAAGCCCCAUCACACUGCAGGCUCAGGAGAACCUGGCACACCUGGUGCACAAAGCUUUCAAGUGUUUGACUCAGUGUCUGCUGGCUGAUCUGAGCAGACACUUGCCAGAAUUCCUUAUUUAUCCUGAGGGGAGUCAAUCACCUGCAGAAAUAGAGGGCGUACUGCAAACCUUGAUGGGUGCCAUGUCUCUGCUGCGUCGCUGUCGAAUCAACGCUGCCCUCACCAUCCAGCUGUUCUCCCAACUCUUCCACUCCAUCAGCGCCUGGCUCUUCAACAGGCUGCUGAGCCCCAGCCCCCAGGGAGAGGCCUGCUCCCUGGGCCUUAGGUCCCACUAUUGGGGAGCCACCCUCCGCCAGAGGCUUAGCCUGGUGGAGGAUUGGGCAGAGAGGCAAGGUCUGGAGCUGGCCGCAGACUGCCACCUCAGCCGCAUCAUACAGGUAACAAUGCUGUUGACCAUGAACAAGUGUUCCAUGCACGAUUCAGAGAACAUCCAGAAUACCUGCUUCAAGUUAAACUCCUUGCAGCUUCGAACACUGAUGACAAGCUACCUCUACGAUACCAACGAGCCCCGCAUUCCCCCUGGUGUGAUUGACAGGGUGGUGGCAGCUGCAGAGGCCAGUGCUGAUGAGUUGUUGCGCAGUGAAGGGCAGGACCUCCAGCUGGAGGAGGGGCCAGACCUCCACCUGCCCUUCCUGCUCCCUGAGGAAGGCUACUCAUGUGACACAGUCAAUGGCAUCCCGCAGGGCUUCAGAGAGUUCCUGGAACCUAUCUGCCGCAAAGGCCUCUGCUCUCUGAUCUCUCACCCCCACUCUGGUGGCACCUGGACCAUCUUCUUCAACAGAGCAAACAAUUUCUCUGCACAGGACGCAAACCCGGUACACUUAUUUUUAAACAUAUCCAUAUUUUUACCACUGCAUAGAGAACCUGAGGUUGUGACUAUUACACUGACGAAACCCAUGAACAGUGGAAUGGGGGUCAGCAUCGUGGCGGCCAAGAGAGCAGGACAAGACAACCUUGGGAUUUACGUCAAGUCUAUCGUCAAAGGAGGACCAGCAGAAAUGGAUUGCAGGUUAACUGCUGGGGACCAGUUGCUGUGUGUGGAUGGACACAGUCUCGUGGGCCUCUCACAGGAAAGGGCAGCAGGCAUAAUGAUGCACACUGGGCCAGUUGUGACUUUACAGGUUGCCAAGCAGGGGGCAACAUGCCAUGGUCUGGCUGCCCUGCUAGAUGAACCACCUUCAGUAUCAACUACAGCUUUGGAUGGUAGUGGCCCCACCAGCAGCAGCCAUGCCAAGCCGAACGGCAAGGCCCUGAUCCUGUAUGAUGGCAUGGAGCAGAGCCCUGGGCCCUCAGGACUAUGGGGUAAUAACUCCUAUGGAGGGAACAGGAGACAGAGAGAACAGACCCUGCUGAAGAACAGACAGCUAUACCGCUCCAACCCCAACAUGAUCAGCCAAGAAGAAGCAGAACCAGUUGAUCCAGUCAUACCAACAGACAGUAAAAUCACUGCAGUCUCCACCAGCAACCUGCUGUGCUCUGAUAUGUACCACAGGGAAUACCUGACUCUACCAGCCCCUAGGUCUCAGGACAAGAAGACAGUAGCCUUUGAACUCCCACCUCAGGGGCCCAGAGUCUCGUUUAAUCUAGAUGGACAGAUCUCCAACAAGAGGACCUUGAUGAAUAUCCAACAACAAGCCUUGAGGAGGGUGCAACCAGCGAUGUCCCAACUGUUCCCAACCCAGUCAAAAGACACAUCCCUCCAGAGACCUCCAGCCAAACCACAACCAGGGACCACCCCAGGACAUCAGGACCAAUACUUCAGCAUGACUAAAGAGCCGUCAUCAGAAGGCAACAAAAGUCUGUCUCCAGACCCAUGGAAGAGGGAUGCACGGGAGAAGCAGCAGAAGCAGCAGAGACUACAGGUGGUCGACCUGUUGGAACAGGAGAUCCAGGAUCUGCAGGCUAAUGCCCAGCUCACACCUGAGGAGACCGACAGGCUCCGUAGGCUCAACCUGGAGUGGCAAUUUCAACAGAGACUCCAGGAGUUCCAACAGAAUGGAAACAAUGAUGAUGAUGAUGAAGAGGAAGACGAUAGAGACACGCCAACAGGAGAAAAUGUUCAAGAGUCGAAUGAACUCAACGUAAACUUUGAUGAGAAGUGCUCGAAAGAAGGGCAGGAAGAGAACAACUACAAAGGUGAUGCAACACCUGAGAAUCUCACAUUUAAGGAGCGCCAACGUCUCUUCUCCCUCGGAUCAAACGCCUCCAUCAAAGUCAAAGCCUUGUGA